GUCUGGGAAUGCGAGCCUUGCAAAAGGUCUGCCUCGCGUAGAGGGAUGCUGCACGGCUUGUGACAAGGCAAGAGUGUUGUGCAGCUGCAGAGAGACCUUUUCGCUUCCUUGGUCCCUUCUGUCUGUCUGUGUGCCUCCCUCCCUCCCUCGGCACUCGUGAGGGCCCUGUCUGUCUGUGCAUUGCAAUGCUCAUACGACGGUACAAAGCAUACACACAAGAUCUGCUGCCCCUCUACUCUGCGCUGCUCCGCCCUGCGCAUCUCGUGUGUUGGAUGUGUGCGGCUCGGCUUGCUGUUCGUUUCGUUCAUCAGGUGUGUGCGUCGCGUGUUGCCGCGUCGUGAGUCGUGGCACAACCUCGGGGCCUACACGCUGACGGAGAAGGAUGCGGCGGCGUGGCGUGAGCUGCGCGCGAGGGACCUCAAUGUGGAGUCGGUCGCCACUCGGUUCGAGAAGGACACCACCCCGCCCAUCAACUGGAAGUACUGGGAGGACACCAUCACACACAAAGACAUCGUCACUUGGUGAGCCAGUCAGAGCGUGGCGUGCAUACGCAGCUGGAAAGAGCAACGCUUGAUGAUGCGCUAAGAUGUGUGUCUGUUUGUAUGUGUGUUAUGACAGCAUGAAGGCGUUUUACGAGCAUCAGAUGUCAGUGCUCGACUCUGCGCUGCGGGAGGACCACCGCAAGAUCAUCACAGAGAACCAGAAAGAGGGAUGGCACCUCUGGGAGGAAGGGGUGCGUGUCACACACACACAGACACACGUACAUCAAUCAGUCCACCUGUAGUAGGAGCAGUGUGUCUGUGUGUGGGUUGUGUCGUUUUUGCAGGUGUCGAGUUGCCGGGAGUCGGUGAAGGCCUCUGAUGAGAUCAUUGACAACGGCGCGAGAGCUCUGUGGAUCUCAUUCCACAACCCACUGCCAUGGCAAAUCAAACCCAGCGAGGUCAGCACACACACACCACACACGCACAUCUCACAUGCAAAUGCGGCCGGGGCCCUCCCUCCCUCCCUCUCUAUAUCUGUGCGCUGUGCGUGUCUUGUCUGUCGCUCAGUGGGUGGAUUCUGAUCAGUAUUGGCAGGCGUAUUUCGAGAAGCACAUGUACCGCCACACCACCACCGGCGAACCCGCCGACCCCGAGUCGGAAGACUUCCAAAAGGUAAGGGACACACACACCUCCACCCACCCGACGCACGUGUCACACGUGUCACAUGACUCAUCCAUUGAUUGAUUCGAUUCGUUCGUUCUGUCAGAUGGUGGAUGCGGACGUGUCUGCGGACACGCGGCUGUGGAACGACCGCAGCGACACCCCCACCAACAACCAAAACAUGACGCAGCUGCCCUCAUGGGAAUACUACGACAUUCACAGGUACACACACACAGAGCUCCUUCUGCCGUCCCUGCAUCCAUCCAUCCAUCCAUGCAUCUAUCGGUUUGUCAGGCGUGCCUUUGUCGAGCACAUGGUGUACUACCUCCUCCGGACGGGGGGCGACUACCGGUUCUUCCCAGAGGUCCCGCCAUGGCAGUGGCUCACGCACAUCGAGCAACUCAGAUGGCAGUUCGUCUCAGUGGUACGACGUAUGCCACACACACACACACACCUGCCUUGCCUUACACACCACCCAUGAGUCUGUCUGUCUGUUCGUGUGUGUGUGUGUGUGUGCAGACUCAGCGUCGCCGUUCGGUGUUCCAGAUGGAGAAGGAGGCGCGUGUGAUGGCGCUGGACAUGCAGCCGCUCGACUACGAGCACGACGGCGAUGAGUUCCACCAGAAAUUCAUCGCGACGGAGAAGGCGCAGUUCGAGAGCGUCGCCGCGCGGCUGAUGGGCAACUUCAUCCUCUUCUGCUACCCAUACAUUCCUGUCCAGACCACAACAGCACUGCACAGGUGGGUGGACCAAUGAGAUGAGGGUGGGUGGUGGUGGUGUGUGGCGAAAGUGGGUGUCACUUGAGUGUGUUGUGUUGUGGUGUGUGGUUGGUUUGGUGUGUCAUUCAGGGCGUUGGGUGUGGACGAUGGUCAGGGGAAGCUCUACAGCCUGGGGGAUGACGUCAACGCCCUCUUCUACAAACCUGGCAUUCCCACGGUCCGUACGGUGGGCGGGGUGGCAGACAGACAGCAAAGGAUGGAUGGGGUGAAUGGCCGGCCCGUGGGUGGCUUCUUUCUUGUUUUGUGUGGAUGUGUCUUCCUCCAUCCAUCAGGAGUUCCCCAAGCCCUCGGACGCCUUCAACUCCCUCAUGGUAUUUAUUUAUUGAUCAAGACAUGACAUGACGCGCCAUGAAGUCUCUGCCUGCUGACCUGGCCACAUGAAUCACAUCUGAUGUGUGUGGUCUGUGUGUGUGUGUAUGUGUGUGCGUAUCAGGAUCACGUGACGUUGAGCGGCCAGCGGUUCAACCCCGCGUACUCCACCAUGCUCAGCAUCUUCACACAGCUCCUCGACUCGAGACCACAACCAUGGUAGGUAUAUCGGCCGGCAGAUGCCACACACACCGCACACACACCAGUGGCUGGUGGCAUGUGUGUGUUGUGUUUAGGUUCAAGACGGAGGACGAGAGUGUGGGUGAGGCCUUCAUGAGGCGGCUCAAGGUCGACGACCCCUCACGGCCCGUCUACGAGGCAUACCUUGAGGAAAUGAAGGUGCGCGAUGCGAUCAACAGACACACCAAGUGUGGAGUGAGUGCAUGCCGGCCGUGCCGUGUCAUUGGUGUGGUUUCCGUAUUUGGCAAUGCACGUGAUUGUGAUGUGCUGGUGCGUGUUUGGUUUGCAGGAGCGGUUUGGUUCAGCCGUCGAGGUGCCGGCUGACAAGAUGGUGGAGCAGACACAGGCAGUCGAGAGGAGAUAUAGGUGGGUGGGCAGCGCAGCGCAGCGUGAUGGAUCUGAUAGACACGUACGCCCAUUGAUGCUAUGCGGUCUGUCUUGUUCUGUGUGUGUGGUGUGGCACUGCCACACAGGCAAGAGUGCGCUGUGUAUCGGCAGCUGCUGUAUGCCAUGAAUGACAACAUCAUGGUAGGGAUGCAGCCAGCCCUGCCAACGGACACAUGCACUGCUCUGCACUGCACUGCACCACACACCUCUCACACACGCACGCCAUUUCUCCUUCCCUCCCUCCCUCCCUCCUUGUUCGUUCCUCAGACCAAGUCUCGGGCCGAGACCGAUCGCCUGCUCAAGAUGCACGAAGCGGGGCAGCUGCAGGUGAGCCACACACGCACACACACACACACACGUGUGCUCCCGCAUGUAUCUCUCAUCUCAUAGUAUACAUGUGUUCGUUCGUCAGGGUUUGUUGGAUUCCGGUGCGCUUGUGGUUGUUGACGAGGGCCGUCUGCCCCGCGGCGAGGAGCCCCCCGCCCACCGGGCCGCCUUCAUCACCGACAGCCAGACACUCAUCGAGAACAUACAGGAGUUCGAAGAACUGGUCAGCCAGCCACAUAACCACCGAUAGAGAAGGUGUGGGGCGGCUGGCUGAUAUAUGGUCGUGUGUGUGUGUGUGUGUGUGUGCAGAAGGAGCGGACGUUGGAUGCUGUCAUGGCGACCAAGACAGCUCUGGACGUCAAGAAGAAAUGAUGGGCUGCAUGACCGACCGACCGACAGACUGAGAUUUUUGCACUAUUGCCCUCGAUUGAGAGCGAGGGGCUCUUUCCUUUUGUGUGUCUCCCGCCCCUCUCCAGCGUUGCGUUGCGUUGGGCGGGCGUGGACGACGAGGCGCGGGUGGGUGAGGGAGGAGGUCGCUUGCCUAAGACGAGUCCUAUCCGAGGCUAGACAGACCUACUAUCUAUCUAUCUCUUUGAUUGGUGCCGACCGACCGAUUGUGUUGUUGGUGUGUGGAGGUGAGGGUGUCUGUCGAUGGAUGGGUUGGUCGCUUCUAUCUCUGUGUCUUCUGUCUCUCAUCUGACAUUCCCAUGGGCGAGCGCCAGGUGCCCGCCAGCACCCUGGCUAUGUGUCUGUCGCUUGCCUGUGGCCGUCUUAGAGAGGAGACUCACGAUAGCUUAAGCCAACCGACCCCCGCCACACACACAGUUUGAGCAGCACACAGUUUGAGCAGACACAGUCGAUGUGCUGUGCUGUGUCAGUCAGUCAUUGUUGUUUGUGACACGGUGUGUGUGUGUGUAUGGGUUUGCAGUGAUGAGAGUGCGUGCACUGCAGAUUGUGAAACUCAGUUAACUGACUGAUAUGUGCGAUUGAGGACU